AAAAUGUACAGAUAACGUUACCGUACAAGAGCCAAGACAGGAAAAAAGGCAUUCAGCUGUGAAGGCUACUGCAGUAGAGUUUCAUGUGGAAAAUGUCGAAAUCCCUUUCUUUCUUUUUUUUUUACUCCGAUGUACGUUAAGAGUCAGUAUACGUUCUGACAGCAUGUAAGAGUUGUUAUUUCUAUUGAAUUGGGGCAACAUUUAAAUUUCAAAACGAGUUGUUAGAGAAAUUUAAGAAUCGGUGUGCUAUUUUGAUACGUCGUCCGUUGUGGAAUAUAUCCAUGGCUUUCUGGGGCGUCUUUUACACGAUAUACUCGGGGAUUCGUCGCAUUGCUGGACAACCCCCCGAGGAAGAUACUAGUGAUAAAGAGCAGAAAAGGAGCAGAACUAGAAAAGCAUUGGGCAGUGAAGAAGAAGAGGGACGCAUCUCCUCCCUGUCCGAUGAAGACUUACGAGCAAGGAAUAAGGUCCUCGAACCGAAGGACGAACCAUCUGCGACUUUGAAUGUAAGUUCUGUAGAUUGUCAGACAAAACUGAAUAGAAAGAACCAUCACACCAAUGAAUUUGAAAAAGCCGGAAAUAUCUAUAGAAGGGGGCAGGCUUUUGUUAUCCGUGUUGAAUUUGAUAGGGAAGUCAAGUCAGACCAUGACGUCAUACUGCUGCAGUUUACUUACGGUACACGCCCUCAAGAAAGCAAAGGAACUGUUAUCAGAAUUCCCCUUGAUUUAAAACCAACAACCAAAACAUCCGACGCCACAGAAACAUGGUUUGCGGAAGUGAAGAAUAUUGCCGGGAAAGGUCUGGAGUGCGCGAUUACGUCAGCACCUGACAGCAGUAUUGGGGAAUACCGUUUCUACAUAGAGACAAAUCUGAAGGACACGGAUGCCGUCAAGAGAUACGAAGAGAAUGAAUCAAUGAUCAUUCUCUUCAAUGCUUGGGCGAAAGAGGACACGGUGUACAUGGACAAGGAGGAAGAGAGGGGGGAGUACGUCCUGAACGAGACCGGAAGAGUCUGGACAAGCCGCACGUGGUAUGGACGACCAUGGAAUUUUGGACAAUUUGAUGACCCUGUGUUAGACGUUGCCCUACAAUUGUUACUGGAGGGAGGUUUAUCAGACGUGGCAUGUACUUCUCCUGUGUCCGUGAUCCGCUGUCUGUCGUCACUGUGUAAUUCCUGUGACAAUAAUGGAGUUUUGGCGGGUAGAUGGACAAAGGAGUAUCCCAAGGACUGCACAGUACCCUGGAAGUGGACAGGAAGUGUCCCAAUCAUCAAAGAGUACCACACUAACGGCAACAAGCCCGUACGAUAUGGACAGUGCUGGGUGUUUUCCGGUCUUCUUACCACAAUGUGUCGCUGCCUCGGAAUACCGACCCGGUCUGUGACAAACUUUGAUUCUGCGCAUGACACCGACAGCAGCAUGACGAUUGACAGCCAUUGGGACGAGGACGGGGAACCAUUAGAAGACAUGAACGACUCUGUUUGGAAUUUCCAUGUAUGGAACGAGUCUUGGUUCCGACGUUUAGACCUUCCCGAGGGUUACGAUGGUUGGCAGGCUCAUGAUGCCACGCCUCAGGAAGCAAGCGAAGGAAUUAUGAGAUGCGGCCCGGCUCCUCUGACAGCCAUCAAAGAGGGUCACGUAUACCUAAACUUUGACAUACCCUUUGUCUUUGGCGAGGUCAACGGAGAUCGAGUUCAGUGGGUGGUGAAGAAGGACGGUACAAUGGAAGUAAGCCAGAUAGAUCACUCCGCGGUGGGACACUACAUCAGCACCAAGAGGAUGGGCUCAAACGACCGCGAGGACGUCACACACCUGUACAAAUACCCGGAUGGAAGUGAACAAGAAAGAAGAGUUGCCAAAUUUGUGAACAGAUACAGUACAAGAAGGAAGCAGAAUAUCUACAAGCUGGACACCACCAAGGUGUUAAACUUUACCGUUAGUCCGCCAGAUAACACACUGAUUGGAGACGAUAUGGAGAUUAAGGUGGCCGUCAAAAACACAGCCGAUGGACCCCUUAAACUUCAUCUGACUGUGUCACUGGUCAAUGCUUACUACACUGGGGUGGCGGGGUCAAGGGUCAAGACGCAGACGUUUGAGGAAACCAUAAAAGCGAAAGAUGAGAAGAUAGUAACUAUGCCCGUUAAAGGGACAGAGUAUCACGAUGGAAUGAACCCCGAAGGACGAUUCCAGUUGUACAUCUCUGGGAAGAACAUAGACUCGGGCAGCAUGGAAUCCACGCAAGUCUCCUUUGUACUGAAGAAACCACAACUUGUUAUACAGGUUCCGCAAACCAUUGAAGCGAAAGAGGAUACGGAGGCCACCAUUGUGUUCAAGAACACGACACAGCUCGUGCUCACCCAGGCUGAAAUAGCCGUGGAGGGCUCGGGUCUCCUAGCUCCACAAACCAUAGAUAUAAGCAGUCCUAUUAAACCUGGUGACGAGGUCAAGAAAACAGUCGUCCUUCACCCCCGCAAACCAUAUUUCUGGGGUCGUGAACUGAUAGCGACCUUCACCUCCAAACAAAUCGUCGACAUUGAGACCAGCGCCGACAUUAAGGUGAUCCGACAAAACAAAGAUAACGACAGCGACAGUGACUAGAGAAUAUCCACCGUCCCACUGUGCUAGAAAUCCAAAGAUUUAUUGACUUUAUUUUAACUAAUCCAAUACUUUCCCUAUUUGUGAACGUGUUUACUUGUCCCAAACCCACACUGUUUAGAAUAGAAUCUCUGUUGUUAUAUAUACAAAGCAUCUUCUAACGUAACUGAGAUAUAAUGACAAGGAUUGUUUACCUUGUAAAUUUAUUGUUUUCAUAUGUAUCCAUAUUGCGAAUUAUGAGAUUUCGCUAUUCCGUGCAAGUCAUUUGUUUUGUGUGCAGCUAAUAUUAAGUUGGUUUAUUCCUAGAAUGACAUUUUAUUUUCAAAAAUGUCUUAAUUAAUUAACUAUAAUAAUCCUAGUUUUUUCCAUUGUUCUUUUUUCCUUGUUCUUUUUGGAGUUCGUUUAUAAUCUCCACAAAUUUUGAAACGCUUCCAUUAAAGAAGCCAUAUAUACUAAG